AUGUCUAGAGGUCUGAGUCGCGUACUUUCUCCUCGCCAGCUAGCGAGGCUGCAAUGGCACAGUGCGACUGCAGGGCAACGUUUGCAGCUGCGUUUCGCGUCAAAUAUGCAGCAGUCACCCCGACCAUCUGGACAUGCCCAUCCACCACCACCGGCCACGCCCCGCCAAAAUGACCCGUCAGGGUCUGCUUCUGACUUCACUGGUCUCCAAGCGCACCUCGACACGGUGUUCUCGCCACUCAAGUUCCCUCCCGAGCUCGCCGCCCGCAUCCUGACGCAUGCUAGCCAUCCUGAUGCCCUACAGCGACACAACGCACGACUCAGUUUUAUAGGUCGACGCGUUCUACAGUCCUACCUCAUGCUUUUCCUGCACAGCUCGCCCGAACUCGACCCGUCACAAGACUACACGCUCAUAACAGAGCGUGCCUUGAACACGUACAUCCUCGGCGAGUACGUCGCGCCGCGGUGGUCCCUCGGGAAGGUGCUCAGGUGGGUGCCCGUCAACAUUGGGCCGCUCAAGGCCGGCAUGGUGGAGAAGGAGGGCGUCGCGAGCGUCGUCGAGCGUCUCAGCCCGUCCGCCGGGCACAGCAUCGGCCUGUAUAAGGUGCAGGGCGGCGCCGUCGAGGCCCUUGUAGGCGGUGUCUUCCACCAAUUUGGCGGCAAUGUCGCGCAUCGGCUGUUCCACACGCGCGUGCUUCCUCACAUUCUCCUGCCAGGGUCGCCUGAUGGUCUGCGUGAUGCAUUCCACCCACAUGCUAUGCAAAUUUGCGAGAGCAUGGGCGGGCUCAAUGGCGACCUCUUGGGUACCUUCAAAACGGGCUCGGAAUCAUCUUGA